UGGCUGCUUGCCGCGAGCUUGAGCGUUCCUAGCUCCUGCGCUGGACGAUUCGGCUGGUAGUGGCGAUGUCCGGUCGGUCCAAGCGGGAGUCUCGUGCUUCCACCCGUGGGAAGCGCGAGUCCGAGUCACGGGUCAACUCGGGUCGCGUCAAGCGGGAGCGAGAUCGAGAGCGGGAGACCGAGGCGCCGAACUCCCGGGGCAGCCCAGUGCGCGUGAAGCGAGAGGUCGAGCCGGCGAGCGCGCGCGAGGCCGCUGCUCCUGUCCUACCGGCGGUGCGGGUGAAGCGGGAGCGCGAGGCGGACGAAGACUCCGAGCCUGAACGGGAGUUGACCCUGCGUGUGGGUUGCCCAUUUUCACAGCCUGUGGUGAUUUACCUUUCAGCAAAGAAUGGACGUGUGGAUUCCGAGGACCGGAGGAGCCGCCACUGCCCAUACCUGGAUACCAUUAAUAGGAGUGUGCUGGACUUUGACUUUGAGAAACUGUGUUCCAUCUCCCUUUCCCAUAUCAAUGCAUAUGCCUGUCUGGUGUGCGGCAAGUACUUUCAGGGCCGGGGUUUGAAGUCUCAUGCCUACAUUCACAGUGUCCAGUUUAGCCACCACGUCUUCCUCAACCUCCACACUCUCAAGUUUUACUGCCUUCCAGACAACUAUGAGAUCAUCGAUUCCUCCCUGGAGGAUAUCACGUAUGUGUUGAAGCCCACUUUCACAAAGCAGCAAAUUGCAAACUUGGACAAGCAAGCCAAAUUAUCCCGGGCAUAUGAUGGCACCACUUACCUGCCAGGUAUUGUGGGCCUGAAUAACAUAAAGGCCAACGACUAUGCCAAUGCUGUCCUUCAGGCUCUGUCUAACGUUCCUCCUCUUCGGAACUACUUUCUGGAAGAAGAUAAUUAUAAGAACAUCAAGCGUCCUCCAGGGGAUAUCAUGUUCUUGUUGGUCCAGCGUUUUGGAGAGCUGAUGAGAAAGCUCUGGAACCCUCGAAAUUUCAAGGCGCAUGUCUCUCCUCAUGAAAUGCUUCAGGCUGUUGUCCUUUGCAGCAAGAAGACUUUUCAGAUCACCAAGCAAGGGGAUGGAGUCGACUUUCUGUCUUGGUUUCUGAAUGCUCUGCACUCAGCUCUAGGGGGCACAAAGAAGAAAAAGAAGACUAUUGUGACUGAUGUUUUCCAGGGGUCCAUGAGGAUCUUCACUAAAAAGCUUCCUCAUCCUGAUCUGCCAGCAGAAGAAAAAGAGCAGCUGCUCCAUAAUGAUGAGUACCAGGAGACAAUGGUGGAAUCCACCUUUAUGUACCUGACACUGGACCUUCCUACCGCCCCGCUCUACAAGGAUGAGAAGGAGCAGCUCAUCAUUCCCCAAGUGCCGCUCUUCAAUAUCCUGGCCAAGUUCAAUGGCAUCACUGAAAAGGAAUAUAAGACUUAUAAGGAGAACUUUCUGAAGCGCUUCCAGCUUACCAAGCUGCCUCCAUAUUUAAUCUUCUGUAUUAAGAGAUUCACUAAGAACAAUUUUUUUGUGGAGAAGAAUCCAACUAUUGUCAACUUCCCUAUUACAAAUGUGGAUCUGAGAGAGUACUUGUCUGAGGAAGUACAAGCGGUACAUAAGCACACCACCUACGACCUGAUUGCCAACAUCGUACAUGAUGGCAAGCCCUCCGAGGGCUCUUACCGGAUCCAUGUGCUUCAUCAUGGGACAGGCAAGUGGUAUGAAUUACAAGACCUCCAGGUGACUGACAUCCUUCCCCAGAUGAUCACGCUGUCGGAAGCAUACAUUCAGAUUUGGAAGAGGCGAGAUAAUGAUGAAACCAACCAGCAGGGGGCUUGAAGGAGGAGUCUAGGGCUUUGCUUGGCAAGGCUUUGGCUGAAGAUAUAAAUAAGAAUACUGAAGCUAUAACUUAACAUAGGCUGACUAGCACAUCCCUUGGACCAGCCUAGUUUUUAUGGGUUUUAGUUCACAGCAGAGCAUAAGAGGGCCCACCCUAGGAUGGCUCUGUGCUGUCACUCAGCUGUUCUUCGAUCAGUUUAUUGUAAAUCGAUGUUCCUUUUUCCUUUCUGUCUAGCUCCCCUUUAGCUUUAGCAGAGGCCCAGAACUCUUUUACAAAUAUGUGUAAUUCAUUUCUGAGCAGCUGGGAGUAUCCAAAGGACAAGAUAAUUUCUUGUAAGCAUCAGAGCCUCAGGAAUAAGAAUAUGAAGCCAGUAACAUCCUUCUUCCAUCAUAGGUAGAUAGUUUUCCUGGGUUCUCUUCAUUUCCUGAUGUUUUCUUGGAAUUGAAUUAAAUAUUUUUCUGUUUUUAAACCA